GGCAGUCUAUGAUGAAUACUCCACCGCGGGCCUCCUCCAACACAGCCUUGCCUUGCUGUGCUUCACCCGCAGUUUCUGUGAGAGGCCUCACUACUUACCUUUCUCGAGCUUGACAAGCCCACUUCAUUCGUUCUAAGUGCCUCGCGAAACCAUCACACCGCCACCCCAAUGGCCGACCUCCAAGACGACGGCGGCCUCGACGCCCUCAACGAGCUCGAGAAAGAAGCCAAAGAAUUCGACAAGGAUGCAGAAAUCGCCCGCAUCCUCAACGCCUUCAAACUCGACGCCUACGCCGUGCUGGACCUGCAGCCCGGCGUCCCCGAAUCCGACAUCAAAGCUUGCUACCGCAAAAAGUCCCUGCUGAUCCACCCGGACAAGACGGCCAACCCCAGCGCGCCCGACGCCUUCGACCGCCUCAAGAAAGCCCAGCUCGAGCUCAUGGACGACAAGCACCGCACGCGCCUCGACGAGGCCAUCGCCGACGCGCGCAUGCUGCUGAUGCGCGAGCACAAGUGGACGGCGGACAGCCCCGAGACGCGCACUAAGGAGUUUGCGGUCGACUGGCGCGAGAAGACUAAGGAGGUGCUGAUUGAUAAUGAGCUGCGGCGGCGCAAGCAGCUGAAGGCGCAGCUGCAGGAGGAGGGCCGCGCGCAGAGGCAGGAGGAGGAGGAGAUCGAGCAGCGGAAGCGGAAGAGGGAGCAUGAGCAGGCGUGGGAGCAGAGUCGGGAGCAGCGGAUUGGGAGUUGGCGGGAUUUCAAGGGGAAGAAGGGAGAGGAGGGGGAGAAGCCGAAGAUGAAGAAGAAGAAAAAGCUGAAGGCGCUUGGGUGA